AUGCCUCUACACCAGGGCUUCCUCCCGCGCGAGGGCCUCACAGCCGACCCCAUCUUCCGCCUCAUUGCCAGGACUGCCCUGAACCCGUCCGUACUCCUCCCGCUCCUACUCCUCGCCCGCUACACCAAAAAGGGCGGCGACCUUGCCAUCCUCCACCCCACGGCCUUUUCGCGCAUCAAGUUCCUGGCGUACUGCGCCGUCACACGCUGGGCGAGCAGCUGGCUCUCGCGGCGCGCCCUGAACAACUGGGUCGACGACCGGUACGACUGGCGCAGGGAGAUUGUCCUCGUCACGGGCGGUGCUGGUGGGAUUGGUGGGCAUGUUGCGCGGUUGUUGGCCGAGCACGGUGCUACUGUCGUUGUGUUGGAUAUCCAGGACUUGACUUUCACUGCUGCUUCCAACGUGCACUAUUUCAAGUGCGACAUCACUUCGACUGAGAAACUCGGAGCCGUAGCCAACGAUAUUCGUGCAAAGGUCGGCCACCCGACGGUGCUGAUCAACAAUGCCGGCGUAGCGCGUGGAAAGACGGUCCUCGACUCGACGGAACGGGAUAUCCGCUUUACCUUCGACGUCAACACGCUUGCGCACUACUGGACGACCAAGGAAUUCCUCCCGCACAUGGCAAAGAUGAACCACGGCAUGAUUGUGACGGUUGCAUCGUACGCAAGCUACCUCUGCGUCCCCAACAUGGUCGACUACGGCGCGUCCAAAGCCGCCGCCAUGGCGUUCCACGAGGGCAUCACGGCAGAGCUCACCACCCGGUACAACGCCCCGCGGGUGCGCACGGUACUUGUCAACCAGGGCUUCACAAAGACUCCAUUGUUCACCGGCUACGAGCAGGGCGUGGAGUUUAUCAUCCCGGCGCUGGAGCCCGAGACCGUCGCCGACGCCGUGGUCAGACAGGUGCUCACAGGCCAGAGCGGCCACGUCGUCUUGCCCGCGUACGGCAACGUGCUGACGGCGCUGCGGGCGUUCCCGUACUGGUACCAGCACCGCAUUCGGGGCGAGGCGCAGAAGCUGAUGAAGAACUUUUCGGGCCGGCAGGUGGUCAAGGACGUUGAGGGGUUCUACGAGAAGAGGGAGAAGCAGGCGGAGCAGGAGAGGCCAGAGGAGAGCACCGUUUUGGUUCCGGAGCCUAUUCCCGAGCCGAAUGGGAUUGAAUGA